CUGCACUACGGGACCCUCCUGGGCAGCAGAGCUUGUGCCCACAUGGCAGCAGCUGCCUGGGCCAGUGCCUUUCUCCAUGCUCUGCUGCACACAGCCAAUACAUUUUCCCUGCCCCUGUGCCAUGGCAAUGCCCUGGGCCAGUUCUUCUGUGAAAUCCCACAGAUCCUCAAGCUCUCCUGCUCACACUCCUACCUCAGGGAACUUGGGCUCAUUGCUGUUAGUCUAUAUUUGGUGUUUUGCUGUUUUGUGUUCAUUGUUUUCUCCUAUGUGCAGAUCUUCAGGGUUGUGCUGAGGAUCCCCUCUGAGCAGGGAAGGCACAAGGCCUUUUCCACCUGCCUCCCUCACCUGGCUGUGAUCUCCCUUUUUGUUAUUACUGCCACAUUUACCCACAUGAAGCCCCCCUCCAUCUCCUCCCCAACCCUAGACAUGGUGGUUUCUGUUCUGUACUCAGUGAUCAUCAAUGCACAUAUUGAUAUCCACGCUGGCUGCCUCUGA